AUGUCGACCAGCCCGCCCCUCGCCGUCCUCCUUGUCGCCACCGCCAUGGCCCUUCUCCUCGCAUCGUCCGUCAUUCCGGCCGCCGCCGCCGCCGCCGUUGCCAGCGGUGGCAGAUAUGGCGGCGGCAGGAUGGUGUUCGUCCACGGACCCGGGAGGACAAAGCAGGUCGGCGGCGCUCGUGGCAACGAGUGGCGGCACUACCUGGCGCGCGUGGAGGACGAGGUGGCGCCGGAGUUCGGCGGGAUCCUAGCGACGAAUUCGAGAGGCGGCAGCAUCUCCUCUGGCGCCCAGGCCGAUCUGCCCGAGCGGCACCCAGUGCGCUGCCAGGGGAGGAGGGUGGUCCUACACCCGGCCGUGCACGUACAAAAACCAAUGCCCGCACUGACCAUGCUUGAGCACGUAUGA